AAGCUCCGCCUCGUUGAGGUACAACCGUCAGUCACGUCGGCAUGUGAAGCAGAAACAACAACAGGCUUCCUCAAUUGAAUUUAUUGAUAACAGGGGAAAAGAAACUGUUACUCCAGUAGACGCAGUUGUUUCCCACAGGCAGCGAGAUGCCCGGCGGUGUCCGCGCUGCUGUUUGUAACACAGCGUAGAAAGGAAAGGGUUAGCUAGCAUGCUAGCUAAAUUUAGCCACACAGUCUGACAGUCGGCUUUAAAAACAUUCUGUGACUUCCUCCUGAAUAAGACUAAACAAUCAUGGCACAGGAAGUCAGUCUACGUUCGGUGUCCCUCGGAGUGGUGGGUAUGACUUGUAACUCCUGUGUCCAGUCCAUAGAGCAGCACAUCGGGUCUCUCUCAGGAGUGAUACAUAUAAAGGUGUCUUUAGAACAAAGCAAUGCCACCAUCAUAUUUGACAGCAACCGACAGAGUCCAGAGUCUCUGUCAGAGGCUAUUGAGGACAUGGGCUUUGAUUCAAGUCUAUCAGAGUCCAUCCCAGCUAUGCUGGUAUCAACAGAUACCCAGCUGAUACCCACUUCAGAUUUGACACCUGCAGCCCUGGAGGAGGCUUUAAAGAAGCUAUCCCAGGUUCAGGGAGUGCUGGAUGUCAGCAAGAGCCAGGUUGAGAUGGGUCUUUCCAUCACCUUUGUUCCCUCCCUGAUUUCAGCACUGCAGCUGAGGAAGCUGCUGGCCAGCCUAACGUCUUCAGAGGUCCCCACACCUGACAGCCUGGUGGAAAAAGCCUCAAACAUGUCUGCAUCUCACAUAAGGCAGGGAGAUGUGUUACUAUUGAAGCUGGGCAUUAAAGGAAUGACAUGCCACUCCUGCACCAGCACCAUUGAAGGGAAGAUAGGAAAACUGAAAGGGAUUGAAAAGAUCAAAGUUGUUUUAGAGUCUCAGGAAGCUGCAGUCUUGUACCUCCCCAAAGCCAUCACCGUCCAGACCAUCAUCGACCAGAUUGCUGUGGCUGGUUUCAAGGCUUUUGUGAAGUGCAAGCCCCGCCCUGUGCAGCUGUCCCCCAAUGUAAUCGAACAUUUUCUUGAUUCUCAAAAGCCAACUGUUGCUUCACAAUCAGAGAUUCCAGAAGAGACUGAAAUCUUCAUAGAUUUAACACUAGUCAUGCUCAGGGUGAAAGGCAUGCAUUGCCAUUCCUGUGUGGUCAACAUUCAGGACAACAUCUCGUUGCUGCCUAGUGUUUCCUCAGUGGAGGUCUCUCUGGAAAAGGAGAAGGCUUCUAUCUGCUAUGAUCCUCUAAAGAUUACAGUGCCUCAACUACAGCAAGCAAUUGAGGCAUUGCCUCCGGGAAACUUCAAGACUCAACCCUGGGACUCCACGGGCCCUUUAAGUCCUGUGUCCAUAUCACCCAUACCUGCCUCGUCAUCAUCUCGGUCCGCAGGGACAGUUGCACCUGCUUCACAGUCUUAUUUCACACAGCCUCUGGCAUCUGUAGCUGAUAUCCACAUUGAGGGCAUGACAUGUGACUCCUGUGUUCAGUCUAUCGAAGGCAUGCUCUCUCAAAAGAAGGGUGUGGUAUCAGCCCAGGUCUCUCUGGCUGAACACCAGGGGAUCUUUGAGUAUGAUCCCCUGUUGACCACACCGGAGGAGCUCAGGGAGGCUAUAGAGAACAUGGGAUUUGAUGCCUUCCUACCAGCAACCAAUUCUCUGCUGCCUUCACCAGAACCCUGUGUCACAAAGUCAACAAGUUUAGUGCCUGUGAAAGAUAUCGAGAUGGACAGUGAUCCACGCAAAGAAAUGCCCCAGGGACACAACGGAGACAAGCAAUCUAAAUGUUAUAUCCAGAUUGGAGGGAUGACCUGUGCUUCGUGUGUGGCAAACAUCGAAAGAAACCUCAAGAAUGAACCUGGUAUCUACUCUGUUUUGGUGGCAUUAAUGGCCAGUAAAGCAGAAGUGCGCUACAACCCUGAAGUCAUUGACCCUGUGAAGGUAGCCGAGUGUGUGAUAGAGCUGGGCUUCACCGCCUCUGUGAUGGAGAACUACGAAGGUUCAGAUGGAAACCUAGAACUAGUGGUCAGGGGAAUGACUUGUGCCUCUUGUGUUCACAAAAUUGAAUCCAGUCUUAUGAGAGAAAAGGGGAUUAUUUAUGCCUCUGUUGCCUUGGCAACCAACAAAGCACAUGUGAAGUAUGACUCAGAAAUCAUAGGCCCGCGAGACAUCAUUAAGCUGAUCGAGAAUCUGGGGUUCGACUCAUCCUUGGUAAAGAGAGAUCGCACAGCCAGUCACCUCGACCACAGCAAAGAGAUAAAACAGUGGAGGAAAUCCUUCCUGAUCAGCUUGUUUUUCUGCGUGCCUGUGAUGGGCAUGAUGAUCUACAUGAUUAUCAUGGACCACCACAUGAAUGCUUCACACCACCACAAUGCUACAGUAGAGGACCGCAAUCAUUACCAUUCCACCAUGUUCCUGGAGAGACAGCUGCUGCCAGGCCUCUCCAUCAUGAACCUCCUUUCCUUCCUCUUCUGUGUCCCAGUACAGUUUAUUGGAGGUCGCUACUUCUACAUUCAAGCUUACAAAGCACUCAAACACAGAUCUGCCAACAUGGAUGUGCUUAUAGUUCUAGCUACGUCCAUAGCCUUUACCUACUCACUGGUGGUUCUUAUAGUAGCCAUAGCAGAGAAAGCCAAAGUCAACCCCAUCACUUUCUUCGAUACACCACCUAUGCUCUUUGUUUUCAUCUCUCUGGGACGCUGGCUGGAACAGAUAGCUAAGAGUAAAACAUCUGAGGCUUUGUCCAAGCUUAUGUCUCUACAAGCCACCGAGGCCACAGUGGUCAAUCUCAGCAGUGACAUGACUGUUAUCAGUGAGGAGCAGGUAGAUGUUGAGCUGGUGCAGAGGGGUGAUGUGGUGAAAGUCGUUCCUGGAGGGAAGUUUCCAGUAGACGGCAGGGUCAUCGAGGGACACUCCAUGGCUGACGAGUCACUAAUCACAGGUGAGGCCAUGCCAGUGACGAAGAAGCCUGGGAGCACUGUGAUCGCAGGCUCCAUUAACCAGAACGGCUCUCUGCUCGUCAGUGCUACACAUGUUGGCAUGGACACGACGCUGUGUCAGAUUGUUAAACUAGUGGAGGAGGCUCAGACCUCAAAGGCUCCCAUCCAGCAGUAUGCAGAUAAGAUCAGUGGCUACUUUGUUCCCUUCAUUGUUGGGAUAUCUCUAGUGACACUGCUCGCCUGGAUCAUCAUUGGGUUUUUGGACUUCUCACUAGUGGAGAAAUAUUUUCCUGGUUAUGAUAAGAGCAUUUCCAGGUCCGAGGCAGUGAUUCGCUUUGCCUUCCAGGCGUCCAUAACAGUGUUAUGCAUUGCCUGCCCCUGUUCUCUUGGCUUGGCAACCCCGACAGCUGUCAUGGUGGGCACAGGAGUUGGAGCCCAAAAUGGCAUUCUGAUAAAGGGAGGGGAGCCGCUUGAGAUGGCGCAUAAGGUACAGACGGUGGUGUUUGAUAAGACCGGGACCAUCACAUAUGGGGCUCCAAAGGUUAUCCAAGUCAAGAUAGUUGUGGAGGGGAACAAGAUGCCUCGUUCCCGGCUGCUUGCCAUCGUGGGUACAGCUGAGAACAACAGUGAACAUCCUCUGGGAGCAGCGAUUACCAAGUACUGCAAACAGGAUCUUGGCACGGAGUCUCUCGGCACAUGCACGGGCUUUCAGGCAGUGCCAGGCUGUGGCAUCCGGUGUCAGGUCAGCAACACGGAGACCCUGCUGAAACAGGCGGACAGUGACAGUGAGGACAACAACCAACGCAACAGUAUUCUCGUCCAAAUCAGUGACACCCGGAUGACCACCAACUCACAUCCACUCAUCAUGGACCCACAGCCACUGAGCUCGGUCCCCACAGCCACUUACGUUGUCCUAAUAGGCAACAGAGAGUGGAUGAAGAGGAACUGCCUGCAUGUUAGUCCUGAUAUAGAUGAGGCCAUGACAGAGCAUGAGCGCAGAGGACGCACUGCUGUUCUAGUAGCUGUAGAUGACCUGCUGUGUGCGAUGAUAGCCAUAGCUGACACAGUGAAGCCAGAGGCUGAUCUUGCCGUACACACUCUGACUAACAUGGGUCUGGAAGUUGUGUUGAUGACCGGAGACAACAGCAAGACAGCACGGGCCAUUGCUGCUCAGGUUGGUAUCAAGAAAGUCUUCGCUGAGGUACUUCCCUCCCACAAGGUGGCCAAGGUGGAGCAGCUGCAGCAAGCAGGCAAGAGGGUGGCCAUGGUGGGCGACGGCAUUAACGACUCACCCGCUCUGGCCAUGGCCGAUGUGGGCAUCGCCAUAGGAACUGGGACAGACGUGGCCAUAGAAGCCGCAGAUGUGGUGCUGAUCAGGAACGACCUCCUGGAUGUGGUGGGUAGUAUUGACCUCUCUAAGAAGACUGUCAAGAGGAUCAGGAUCAACUUUAUAUUUGCUCUCAUCUACAAUCUCGUUGGGAUUCCCAUUGCUGCUGGCGUUUUCCUUCCCAUUGGACUGGUGUUACAACCGUGGAUGGGCUCUGCUGCGAUGGCACUGUCGUCCGUCUCUGUGGUUUUGUCCUCCCUUCUACUCAAAUGUUACACUAAGCCCAGUGCAGAGCAGCUGGAGGCUCGACUGGGCAACAUCAGGCGGCAGAGGAGCCUGUCUGAUGUCAGCAUCCACAUCGGCAUGGGUGACGUGCGUCGUCCGUCCCCCAAACUCAGCCUGCUGGACCGCAUUAUCACCUACAGCCGGGCCUCCAUCAACUCGCUGCGGUCCGACAAGCACUCGCUCAACAGUUUGGUUCUCAGUGAACCCGACAAACACUCUCUGCUGGUGGGGGAGGCGCUGGGUGAUGAGGAGUUCUGCUGAGCACUUAAAGCCCACAUGGUCUGGCUGUGAUGACCUUUGUUAGCUGAAGUAGAUAGUAAUUGUAUUUAUUAAAGGUUAGGCCAUGCUGACUAAUGGCCUGUCCAUCUGCUGUAGGUGCCUGGAGGCAGCACUGUUGAAAGCUUAUGUGUCACUUGUUUUCUUUCAGCUCAACCAGCAGAUCACAUGUUCUUGAGCGCGUGCUGAGAUCAUUUCUUCUCCCUCAGCAGCAGACGUUGUUUAGGUGAGGUCACUGCCAUUGGGUGCAUUCGUUUUGCCUAAAGCUUUGACACUUUGAUCCCUGAGCACUGUGUGAAGGGACAUUAAGCAUCUACAGAACCUUGAAGCAGGUGUCCACAUCCAGGAACCAGAGUGAGGAUCAGCUCUGCAUUUUGUGGUCAUUUGCCAGUAAAAUCUUUACCAUCUAUCCAAAGACCUUUUAACAGUGGUGCCUGUUUUAAGAGUGGACACUACAGAGUUAUAUUUUAUCUGAUUUUCCUAAAAUGGAAAAUUAUAAUAACACUGUUGUAUUAUUCUAUUCCAGAGUAUUUAUAUUAUCCUUAUUUAUCUUUUUUCUCCUUCCAUUUAUAUCCUAUGUAAACAAUGGAAUCGUUGAAUCAAAAUGUCAAUGUUCAGUGUCAGUCUCCCGGAAAUGUGUAAUAUCUGAACACGCAAAGACAAAAAAAAAAACAAAAAAACACCUCAGUUGUAAGAAGAUUUUGCUCGGAAGCUUAUGUUUGUGCAACACUUCACCAGUGAAGUGAGAUGUAUACGUCCGUCUGACCCAAGUGCCACCUUGGCAAAGUCCAACACAUUCCAAAGAUAGCAUUGUACGGAUGUUACCUUGGAUAUAUAACGUGCACAGAGAGUGAACUGAGAUAAGGUCAAAGCAGAGAGAGAGAAGCGACUGAUCUUUUUAGUAGUGUCGACUCUCUGCGUCUUUGGUUAAAUAUGAAGCUGUUUGUCGGUGAUUGUGAAGUUACAUAUACAUGAAUAACUGUUUGUGCUUGGAUUACUUUAUUGGCUUGCUGCAAAGAUAAGUUAUGUUGUGAAAAGGCUGGAUAUCAUUUAUUUAGUUUUUAAUGUUAGUGGUGCUACCGUGUUUCUUUUUUCCCCAUUGAAUUAUGCAACCUUUUCCAUUUCUCUUCUCUUUUGUACGAUUAUUAUAAUGUACAUGGUUUGCACACAGGAGCACAAUCAGCAGACCAAUCAGAAACCGUGUCCCUGCUGUUCCACCAAAUAAGUUACUGAGAAACAAACGUUGAUACAUUAAGUCAUUUUGGGGUUUUUUGUGCACUCAAACUGGACCAACUGUGUCUUGCAGGUGUGACAGCUCAGUUUAUAUUGUUUUUUUGUUUACAGUUUGCUUUAUCCAGUUUGAAGAUGAUCACUAUUUUCCUGCCAUCCAUUGACUUGUGUCAAAACCUCUCUGGUGGUGCAGAAGAAUCUUUCCCAUGAAGGAUUACGUUCUGCUGCUGUCACCACGUCUUUGUGUUAUGACGCCACGUCUGUUGUUUUUGUGCUUUGCUUCGUGAAGUUGUCCACACGGACUUCGAUCUUUGUGCAGUUAAAUUAAGCGACAAGUCCAGGCUUGUUGUUCUUUCCACGUUCUCCUGAACAUUAUGUGCCUUGGAAUAAAUUGCCUUUUUAAACGUCA